AUGUACGGAAUUCUUCUGGAAAGUGUCCAGCAUUUCCUUACGAAGAAAUUCGGUGAGGCUAAAUGGAACGAGAUUCGAGAGCGUGCUGGAAUAUGCAAUCACAUGUUUAUUACGCAUAAGCAAUACAGUGAAAGCUUAAUGACGAAAAUUGCUGACACUGCCGCCGAAAUACUCGGAGAAGAGACUGACAUGUUAAGUGACGACUUUAUGCAAUAUUUUGGCACUUGUUUCGUGAAAUUCUUUAGUCACUACGGAUACGAUCGUGUCAUCAAAGUAAGCGGCCGCUGCCUCCGGGAUUUUCUGAUAGGAAUUGACAGCUUACACGAGCACCUGCGUUUCGGUUAUCCACAGCUUCAGUCCCCGAGUUUCUUUUGUGAGGAGGAAACAAGCUCUGGGCUAAUUUUGCACUACAUUUCCAAACGGAAGGGCUUUAUGUUCUACGUGGUUGGUCAAAUCAAAGAAAUCGCGACUCAGUUCUAUGACAUGGACGUGGAUGUAAAAGUUCUAGGCAACGAAGUCGUCAAUAAUACAACUCAAGUUGUCUACCGCUUGGGUUUUGACAAUUCUGGGUACAAACCUCCGGCUCCAGACUUACUAUCCAUUAAGAACCAGCAAGGUAUCAAUGUGAAGAUUUUUUCAGUAUAUUUCCUUUCAGUUUUGCCUUGUCGCAAGAUAUGA